AUGUGUGGCUGUACGCACAGUGCCCAGAACCAAGCACUCCAUUUAGAAGGGGAGCCAAAUGCUUCUGCAGCACCAACAACCACUUCAGAACCUAAGAAAAUGUCCAAAAGUAUUCCAAUAUGCAAACAGCUGGCUUCAAUAAAAGCUCUGGGGAAAGGCUCAGAUCUGGAGAAAUCCAUGGCCACUGCAGCUCUAAUUUUCAGAAACUCUUCUGACACUGAUGGUAAACUUGGAAAAACAACUGCCAAACAUCUGCUGCAAACCCAGUUUAAGAAUUUCACAGAGGGGCAAGAAACCAAACCAAAAUAUAAAGACCUCCUUUCUGAACUGGAUGAGAACACAGAAAAUAAACUUGAUUUUGAGGAUUUCAUGAUCUUACUCUUAAGUAUCACUGUAAUGUCAGAUUUACUACAAAAUAUAUGGAGUGUAAAAAACAUAAAGUAAACAUCUUCAGGUAUAAAAUUAGGCAAAAUAAUGGUGAAAAUUAAA